AUGGCAAACCAGAAUGUCAAAGUUGUCUUUGGCGCCAUGGCAAUCGGCAAGCCAGGAGCUGAGCUGGUCAAAUUUGACACCCUCGAAGACGUAUCCAAGAUUCUGGAUAUAUUUCAAGGCCAUGGUCAUAAUGAAGUAGACACUGCUCGCCUCUACGGUGCAGGUUCGUCAGAGGAGUACCUCGCGAAUCUCGAGUGGCAGAAACGUGGACUCGUGAUGGACACCAAGCUAUUCCCUACUCUAGGCAAGCUGCCUCCAGGAGCCGACCUCGAGUUAUACACGCACAAGCCCGAAGACCUACGCAAAGGACUCCUCCGCAGCCUCGCAGCCCUCAAGGCAGAGAAGAAGGUCGACAUGUGGUAUUUGCACGGACCCGACAGAAAUACCCCAUUCAUCGAGACCUUGCGCGAGGUCAACAAUCUUCACCAAGAGGGCUACUUUGCACGAUUCGGUCUGAGCAACUACCACUGUUGGGAGGUGGCAGAGAUCUGUGAGAUCUGCGAUCGGCAUGGUUGGAUCAAACCCUCUGUUUACCAAGGCAUGUACAACGUAUUCCAUCGCGGCGUCGAGUACGAACUCUUCCCCUGUCUGCGCAAAUACGGCCUAUCCUUUUACGCUUACAACCCUCUCGCUGGUGGUAUGCUUUCCGACCGGUAUCAUCGUGACGAUACUGCGGUCGGCGCAGGCGCGCGGUUUGACCCGGAGAAAUGGUCGGGCAAGAUUGCCCGGAUGCGGUACUGGAAUGAUGCUUACUUUGAUGCCUUGGAUAUUCUCCGUCCGGUGGUGAAGAAGUAUGCGAUGAGCGAGGCCGACGUGGCGCUGAGAUGGCUUGCCCAUCAUUCGCAACUACAGGGGGCACUUGGCGAUGCUGUUAUCGUGGGUGCGAGUAGUACGAAGCAUCUUGAGGAGAACUUGACUGCGCUGGAGGCAGGUUCGUUGCCAGCGGAGGUUGUUGAAGCUCUUGAUGCUGGAUGA